CUAAAUGUGACAAGUUUACUUCAAAAUUCUUGGCUUUAUGGAUCGGUCUGGUCUGAGCCAUUCAAGAAAACAGAAGCAGUAACAAAACAUUGUUGCUAACUGUUCUCGGUGUAGAUAAAAAAAAAAUGAAUGAAACAAAUCUAAAUCCGCAGCAUACAAUCCAUAAUACAAAAGCAUUUCCUUCGUUUUCUAAACCAAAAAUAAUUGGUUGUUUCAGUGUAGGGCCAGAACGUGAGUACAUUUCAUCCGCUGAAAACCUAAAGUUUUUAAAUAUGCCAAAUCCAAGACCUGGCAAACCAUUGAGAAUCGAUCUCAAUGAAGGAUUUGAAAUCAGAAAACCGAAGCCUGACAGUGCAAAGCAGGAAAGGAUAGAUCACCCGCUAAGGUUUAUUGCUCAAAAUGUAGCACGACUACGGAAUCAUUGUGUGGAAGCGAACACUACAAGCAGAAAGUCGCUCAAUGUGGACUUCGUCUGCUUCCGCGGGCUGUUAAGAAUGGUUAUGUGUACACCUUACGAGAAAAAGACAAGCUGGAUUAUACUGGCCAGUAAAUAUAAGGGAACAAUCUAUCUCUGCGCGAAGGAUACUCCCGAGAAGGAAUUGGAUGAAGCGAAUCAGACCGAGCAGCAGAAACGAUUUUGCUAUUACGGAUUUAAGUUUGAACAAUAUAUUUUAACAGACGAACCUAAUGAAACCCCGAAUACCGCCGCGGCCGUUGUAGAGUCGGAGGAAUUCUGUGCGAUGUUUAGCGCCACCUUGGAGGGGAAGCGAGUGUUGUAUGGAGCUGAAAUGGACGGCAUUGUAACGGAUGAAACCAUAGAUAAAGCGCAUUUAAAUGAGAAUAUUUUAAAUCGGCUGGAAUUUGUGGAAGUUAAGGUUAAACGACGAGAAACCAACCAAAGGCAAGUGAACAACUUUUAUAGGUUCAAAACAAGGAAUUGGUGGUGCCAGAGUUUUCUGGUUAAUAUAGGGAAGAUAUUCGUCGGAUUAAGGAACGAUCAAGGGAUCGUGAAUGAGAUCAAGGAGAUGAGCUUGAGAGAAAUCGAUCGAGAUUCAAGACAGUUCUGGUCUGCAUCAGUUUGCAUGGUUUUCUGUUCCAAGUUUCUAGCAAAGGUCAACGAGUUGAUGAAUCGUGUGGAUUGUCCUCAUACAGUUUAUCGUUUCGAAUACGACGCUAAUAGAAGCCAAAAUAUAUUGUUUAAUAUUCAAAAGGGACAAAGUGACGAAUCGUUUAUCCCCGAUUGGUACUGCGCUGUUGUGUAGGAUUGGAAAAUAUAUUUGAAACCGGACGCCUGAAAAAUUAAUCUU